CUAGAUAUUCUAAGUUUAUGGAUAAACGGUGCAACUGCUUAUUUUUAUGACAUAACCAAAAUUACUUAUCGAAAAAUAGUUAUUGAAUCACACAGAAAUUGCAAUACACUUCUACUAUGCUAUAUAGUAUUGGUGCUUUAAUGUACAAUUUAAAGUUGUACCAUAACAUUAAAUGUAUAAGUUUAGGUUGUACCAUAAAACAAUUUGUACCAUUAUGUUAUGGUACAACUUUACAACUUGAAGUUGUAUCAUCGCAUAAAGGUACAAGUUCAAGUUGUACCAUAAAAGAAUUUGUACAAAAAGUAUAGGCACAAUCUGAAGUUGUACCAUAACGUAAAUGUACAAUUUUAAGUUGUACCAUAAAGACAAAAUCUUUUAGCACCAAUACUAUAUAGCAUUGUAAAAUUUUUCUUAUAGGUUGUGGUUAUGAUCUUAUGAAUAUGUUGAGGGUAGUAAUUACUAAUUAGGAAGAGUUAAUAAGUUUGUUGGGUUUGUUAAAAGUCCGAUAGCAAUAUAUCUAAAUAGGUUGUUAGAUCAUUAGGAUAGAUGACAUUAGUUUGUUGUGUCAAGCAUUGAUAACAAAAUUAACUACGUUUUAUUUACCAACAAAAUUAACUACGCUUUGAUAUCGUAUUAAUAAGAGUGAUAUCAAGUAAUUAAAAUGUCAAGCAUUCCAACAUAGAUAUAAAAAAAAGAAUCCUUUUCGAAAUUACUUGAAAUUAUUUGUAUCCGGAUAUUUACUCCAAUCAACAGUCUAGUCAAACGAGGAUGAAGUCUAUAUCAUUCUUGACGAACAUGAAGGCUCAAGUCUAUAUCCUUUUAUAAUUUUUUUUUAUCAUUCUGUUUGCGUCUUUUGCUUGUCAAACUUUUCACAAAACUUCCCGCUAGUUGCAAAACAAUUUAUUUCAGCAAUACUUCGGUUAAAUACGAACUGCCGCUUAUAAUUCUUGUUAACCUUAUUAUUGUGUUGGUCGGUCAUAACCUCUCCGAACUUAUCUUAGACGAAUGAAAUACAAAUUCAAAUAUACAACACAUCAUUUGUGUGGUAAAAAUACCGCAAUUCUAUGCGUCUAUAUAUACAACAAACAAACAAAACUAAGCCCCACACUAUCUCUGCCAAAAAUUGGCGGUAUACAAUACGAUCAUCCGCAUAUAUAUUACAAAUGAAAUAAUCAAUUGGACCCAAAAUAAAAUAAUUGAGGGAAAAGGUUUAUUUUAUGCUUUUCGGCUGCUGCUUUCAUUCACGGGGAAAUAAUCCAAGUGGGAGGUGAAAUAAAAGUGAGGAUAGUACAUUAAUAAAGCAAAAGGGAGGAGAAGCCUUUAAUAAUUAGUAUGAAUGAAUUGUAACAAAAGUACACAAAUACAACCAACAUUUAAACAAAUCCACAAAACAUGUCAAGUUGAAAACCUCAUAAAUUCAACCAUCAUAACCGGCGAAAUCAACACACAAAAACCAUGUAAUUCAAUCAUUAAAUGAAUUAUGUCCAACACAAGAACCGGAAAUUAAAUUUUACAAAGGUAAAUUUUUUAUAGAUAGAGAACUUCAUUUUCAUUUCUGACAAAAUUAUAUCCAAACAAAUUGUAAGUCACCAUACUAAAUUAAGACACUUACAGCGAAAAUUUGGAAAAUAGAGAUAUAUAUAUAUAGUCUUUUUUUCUGUUUCUCCCCUUUGAUCAGAGAGGUCCAGUGUGAGAUGAUAAGACACCAAAAUAUGUCCCCUUACAACCAUACAACGUUUACUGCUUUCCUUCCAUUCUCAUUCCCACGCCCUCCAUCCCUUUUCUUUUUUUCACAGUGUACUGUCUUCGUCUUCCCAUUCUCAUUCCAUCAUCAUUCUGUGGACCUUCAACCUAUCUCCUCACUCCCUCCCUCCAUAUUACCGGUACUUAGGGAUGGCAAUCAAACCCAUGUCCACGGGUAUCCGACCGUCCCCGACCCAGUCAAGGCAGGAAAUCACCGCAUUGACCGGGUAUGGGUAAAAUCCGCAAAAAGUUUGAUGGGUAUGGGGUGAGUAUGGUUUUAGCCUCCCCCGCCCCAUACCCAUACCCGCCCACAAAAAUAUUUCUUCAUAUAUGAAAAAUAUGUGAAUCAAUUUGUAACCUAUCAAUAAUAGUGAAUAUAACUCAAGAAAAAUAUAUAGUAGAAAUGCAAUUGAGUGGCCACCCAAAUCAAAAUCUAAUUCUUUCUCUCAAUUUUCUAUUCACUCUUUCACUUUGUCCUCUUGUUAAGAAUAUUAUGUUAGUUAAUUAUUACUUAAUAGAUGUAUUAGAGUAGAGAAUAAUGAUUUGGAUGACAUUGUACUCUACUCUUAUAUGGAUUAAUGGAUGCUUUAGGAUAAGAUGCUUUGUAUCGUAUUAAAAAUGAUUGUCUCUUUGUUGACUUCAUGAUAUAGUAGGUGCGUUUAAUGUUAUAAUUGAAAAUCUAUAUGUAAAAUAUUCGAUAUUAUAAUGCUGGAUGUACAGGGCGGGUAUUACCCAUGGGUACCCGGCCCGAAAUUCAUGGGUAUGGGGAUGGGUUUGCAAAACCUUCCCCCGCAUGGGUAUGGGGUGGGUAUGGGUAUAGAUAUUUGAAAGCGGGGAUGGGGAUGGUUUAGGCAAACCCGCCCCAUUGACAUCCCUACCGAUACUGUUCUUCAAACGAAAGUUUUCAUAUAUGAGUUUGAAGUUAUCGAGAUUCGAACAAAAGACUUCUCGAUUACAAAAGGUUCUGAUACAUAACAAUUAGGUAAUUCCAAUAACUCGAGCUAUCGAAAGAGGUUCAAUUAUGGAUCAUAUACCACUUACGAACAUCGAGAUAUAUUCAUAUAAAAACUAAUAAUCGACAUCACAAUCAAUAUAUUCCAUUGUUUGCUUGAUUUUUCGUGUUUUGUUGAAUCAGAUAGAGAUAUCUAGGUAUGUCGCGAGGGACUAGAUAUGCAUGUGUAGUGUCAAGACUGUUUCUCUGGGGAUCGGGAAAUUGGAGCAUUCGACAAUACAAGAAAACGAAAGCGCACACACAUGACACACGAUUUACGUGGUUCACUAACACAAUGUGUGUUUAGCUAGUCCAUGGGCAGGAGAGAGCCAAUUUUACUAUACUUUGAGGAGAUACAUAUUACAGAGGAGUAUGAGAAGUAUUUAUAGUACUUCUCUUAGGUCUAACCCUAAUCCAAUAUAGUAAAUGAAAAGCAGUUACAUACCAGGCCCAGACCACGACCCAAAUAACAUUGAGCCCGUACAUUGCCCCUGGGCUCCACUCAUUGGACAACGAGACUUCAUGACUUACAGUCGUAGCAGCUGAUAGUACAAUUCAAGUCAUAUCAACAUGUAGUUAUGCUUGACUAAUUUUUUGCCCUAAUGGAUUUGGCCCGUAAGUUGGCCUGCAUGCUUCAAGUCUUUACUUCUUUUGUGUCUUUCCUUUUCUUGUACCCUGUUUUGGCUAUGAACGUUUCAAUCAUUUGUUUGUUCUUUUGCAAUCUUGCACAAUCCAAGUGAUCAUCAUCAUCAACAACAUAAUCCUGGACAUCUAAUCUUCCAGUCGGCCUGCCAGGAAACAUAAUUAAGUAUAAUUGCUCGAUCUUAACUUGGAUCUCGAUCAAAUCAUAUCGGACUACCCCACAGCAUGCCACUGCCAGGCCUAACUAUAUAUCCAACUCGAUCCAGAGAGGUUAACGAACUUAUUGUGUUCAUAAGUCUGCUUAUAGUCCUUGAAUAAAGGAAGACAAACGAAUCACUACUAAUCAUGGGAUUGCUCCGAGGUCAAAUAUAGUAAUGAUGCCUCAAUGUCUAAUUAGCAAAACUGAUAGAACAUAGAUCUAGGUGUGCGAUUUAGGGUUUGAGAUCGAUAUGAGAAUUGGAGAUUUGGAUGAGGAAGAACUGGGAUUUAGGUUAGAGAGAAGCAGAGGUCGGUUCCCGGAGAGGGAUGGUCGACGGCAAGAAGAGGAGGGAGAGGGGUUCGGCUAGGGUUGAGAGAGAGAUAGACUUAGGGAAUAAUUAUUGUGUUAUUGG